AUGCCGAUCCGAUCGAAAUACUUCGCUCCGAUAAAAAUAAAUGAUUUUACAUGGAUCGGAGAAGAAACCCUUGUAGAUAACAGACGUAUCAAGGCAAAACAUUAUCAAUCAUUCAAAUUUAAUGGGGUGAAAUACAAAAUUGGUGAUUAUGUAUAUAUUGCUAAUGAAAACAGUGGUGAGGAUGACACAGACAUGGCACACGUUGCUCAAAUUAAGGAUCUUUUUGACAAAUCGAAAGGUACUCUCAGAGGUACCAGGCAUAUUGCUGUUGUUGUAUGGUUCUGGAGAAAGCAAGAACUGCCAUCACAUUUGAUAAAAAAAUACAAUCUAAAAAUGGCCCCAAAUGAGUUGUUGUUAAACACCGCAACGAGUCUUGAUGCAGAUAUUGAUAUUGAGACAAUAAUUGGGAAAUGCAAGAUCCAGUAUUGCAAGGUUGAGGAAUUAAAAUACUCUAGCAAAGUUUCUCACUUAAAUGAAGUGUACCAGGUUGCUCGAACAUGUGAUGGCCGUUCCAUUAGAGAGCUGGCUGUCCAAUCUGAGGGCAAGAACAGGUUGAAGACCAAAGGUUUGACACCAAAAGUCCAGGUAGAUUCUGAUUCUGAGAGUUCUGUUGUUGAAUCUGAUACCAAAAACCGAUAUUGUACUCCUUCCAGAAAAUUAAAGGAAAGUAAAGUCCAUCAGUCUCCAGUUGUCCCAUUCCAAGGAAGCAUUUUAAAGAAAGGAGAACCAAAAUCAGUUCGGACAGUAGAGAGUAAAAAAUCUCAGAAAUUCAAGUGUGCACAAGUAGUAGACAUGCUGGAUGAUGUUGACUCAGACAGCAUGUCAGUCUUGUCUGAAAUGUCUGAAACUUCCCAGUCUUCAAUGGAGACAUCCAAUCGGCUGACAUCAGCUAAGAAACAAAAGGUGGUUCAGAGUGGCAGAAGAACCCCCAAGUUGACAGAUUCUUUUUCUACGAGAGGGAAUCAAAAGGCAGCAGAAGCAGCUCAAAAUCAGCCAAAAAGCGUUCGCCGAGGGCUUGUUGAUGAAUUCGAGAAUGUGAAAAUUAAGGCAGAGAAAACAAAAAAGAUAAAGAGGCAAGUUGACAUCUCAGAAGUUGUCAGUUUACUGGAUAUGGACAGCUCUGGAGGUGAAGGAGACAACACAGAUUCUGAUGAUACUAUUUCCAGUUCCAAGAGGAAACCUACCAAAUCAAAAAAAGAAGUCUCUAAAAAGAAAGACUCCAAAAGCAAGCGUCAAACACCAAAACCCAAAGAUGGUGAAAGUGACAGUGACUUAGAAUGUGAGCCUGAGACAAGGAAGCGAUCAAUUCGAAGCAAAUGUGAUUCGAAUAAAGAUGUGGCAUCAAAAAGUCAGAAAAGUCAGAAAGUAAAACUUCCAGAAAGUGAUCAUGAAAUGACAUUCAGCCUUUCUAAAAGAAAAUUGCGAAAAUCUCCAGUGAAGAAGCAGGCGGUAACGUCUGCAAAGAAAUCCAAGCAGCAAAAAUAUGCAUCAGAGUCCAGUUCAGCAUACACCACUGAAACUUCGGAAGAAGAGGAGGAGGAUGAUGAUUUUGUUCCUCAGAAGAAAAAGAAAAUAACAACAUCCAAGACACCUGUGAAUAAGAAGUCUACCAAAGAUACAACCAAGACACCAAAAUCAUCAAAAAAAUCAUCCAAGGUGGGAACUCCAUGUAUUCCGGAACGAAAGACACAAGCACACAAAAGAGAGGAUCUGUUUGAGAUUGCCAGAUCCAGACUCCAUGUUUCCGCAGUUCCAGAGACUCUGCCUUGUCGAGAAAAUGAAUUCUCAGAUAUUUAUUCUUUUGUUGAGAGUAAGAUUCUAGAUGGAACUGGAGGUUGCAUGUAUAUAUCAGGUGUGCCAGGGACUGGAAAAACAGCAACAGUCCUGGAAGUGCUUCGUACCUUGAAGCAAUCUGCUGAGGAUGGAGAUAUUGGAUCAUUCCGAUACAUUGAGUUGAAUGGAAUGAAACUGACUGAACCUCACCAAGCCUAUGUGCAAAUUCUCCUGCAACUGACAGGACAGAAAGCCACAGCAGAUCAUGCUGCUGAACUUCUGCAGAAAAGGUUCAGUGGUAUGGCACCACGAAGAGAAACAGUUGUUCUGCUUGUGGAUGAGCUUGAUCUGCUGUGGACACGGAAACAGGAUGUAAUGUACAAUAUAUUUGACUGGCCCACAAAGCCUCAUGCUCGUCUUGUGGUGUUAGCUGUGGCAAACACAAUGGAUUUACCAGAAAGAAUUAUGAUGAGCAGAGUGUCAAGUCGAUUGGGUUUAACACGAAUGACAUUCCAGCCAUAUACAUUCAAGCAGCUUCAAGAAAUUGUUUUCUCUCGCUUGAAAGGACUUCAAGCAUUUGAUGAAGAUGCAAUCCAACUUGCUGCACGAAAGGUUGCUGCUGUUUCAGGUGAUGCAAGGAGAGCCUUAGAUAUUUGUCGUAGAGCAACCGAAAUUGUUGAAAGCAGCAGUUGUGGAAACAAAAAAAAAGAACUUGUGAAUAUGUCUCAUGUGAACCAAGCUUUGCAAGAGAUGUUCUCAUCAAGUAAAAUUACAGCUAUCAAAUCUGCUUCUGAACAAGAACAAUUAUUCCUGAAGGCUGUAGUUGCUGAAUUUCAACGAUGUGGCCUUGAAGAAGCUGAAUUUUCCAAACUUUACACACAACAUAUUUCUUUAUGCCGAUUUGAAGGACUUCCACCACCAACAUUUUCUGAAUUAUUCUCUAUUUGCUCUUCUCUUGGCACAUUGAGAAUUUUACUCACAGAACAUGGUCGAACAGAUUUACAGAUGAGAGUUCGGCUUAACGUUAGUCAAGAUGACAUUUUAUUUGCUCUGAAAGAGUAA